AUGACUGGCUCUACCGACGCAGACGCAGCAGACGCAGACACGCUCCCGUUCCAGCUCCCGCCGUCGUCGUACUCGACCCGCCAACCGCCGACGCCAAAGCCACCUCCCACCGCGACUCAGCGCAAGCCAGUCCGCUCGAGGUCCUUCCAGGGCGUCUACAUCCCCGCCAGACCCGCAUCCGACCACCCACACCGCAGCCGGGCGCACAACGACACCUCGAGCUCGUCGCCGCUAAUGGGCCGCCCGAAGCACGACGGCGCGCCCACAGCCUCGAGUUCGCGGCGGGCAGACUCGAUGGCGGAUCGGGGCGAGACGAAGUCGCUCCCGUGGCUGUCGCAGCCGUCGCCAGAGCCGCCCGCAGCGUGCAAGGGUGCUUACGGGACUCGCAGCGGUGGCAAUGGCAGGUCCAACAGCCUCUCGCAGGCUUCGAGCGCAGGAUCGGGCUCGCUCAAGAUUGUCCUCAGGCCUGCGAAACCUGAUCCGUCUGCAGCUCAGUCGACUCUGCCGACCCCGUCGUCGAGCGCCUCACCGCCAGUCGUGCUGCUCGAAUCGUCAGUGUCCACCUCCGAAGCUUCGUCCCGCUCCGAGUCGCCCGCCGCCAUCGCCCUCGCAACCGACCCUCACCCUCCCGCUCGCUCGUUCCCGCCCUCGCAAACCCCCGAAUUCGGCUCGCCUGCGCCAUCCAGCUCGGGUGCAUCGACGCCACGGCCGGGACUGGGCGAACGGUCGUCCAGCCGCAAGGGGAUCAAGAACGGAAAGGACGGCUUGAACCGAGUCUGCCACCACCACAAGAGCCAGACCGACCGGCCGCGCAUGACGUGCGUCAAUGCACCCGAGUGCAAGACCGUAUGGUGCAAGACCUGCGUCGAGAAGUACUACCUCGCCUGCACGCCCAACGCCGCCUUUGAAGCCGGUGUACUCUUCAACUGUCCAGUCUGCCAAGACGCGUGCCAAUGCGCCGGCUGCAAGCGCAAACGGCGCGGCUACACCCGCGACGGACGCCGCGCACCCGUCGAUGGAGACGUCACGGUUCCGGUCGCGGGCGGCGUCAAGGACAAGAAGGGGAAGAAGGAGAAGCGUGGGAGGGAGAAUGCGAAUGUUGAAGUUGGAUUGUGGGCGGGGACGGCGGUGGCUGCGAGUGCGAGCGGGUGGGAGGCGGCGGGUCUUGGACUUGCGGUGACUGCGGGACCUGUUCCCGGUGCAGAGGAGGAGGACUCGACGGAUGACGAGGCGGAUGCGGUAUCGCGGAUGCUGAUGGGUGGUGUGUCUGUGUCGCCUGCGGUACCGACCGCGCCUCUCCAGCCUGCGCCCGCUCCUGCGGAAGAAGUCCCGGUCAUCAAGCGACGCAGCUCGCUCACCUCGGCCUACGACCGCGCCAACCCUCUCACGUUCGCUCACAUGCCCCCGCCCGCUCCCGUCGUCACCACGCCCGCUCCCGCCCCUCCCGCUCCCGCAUCUCGUCGACGAUCCGGCGCCGCAGCUCGACCACCUCGCCAGCCAGAUCCCUACGCCAACCUGUCUGCUUCACUCCCCGCCUCGUUCGCAUCGACCCCGACCGCAGCUGUCACUCCCACCGCCGCCUCGUCCCGCCCUCGCCGAAACAAGCGACCCAGUUCAGCCUUCGACGACUAUGCCCUCGACCUCCCUACCUCCUCUGCAGCCGGCCUCGUCGACCGUAACAACGCGACGCCGAUCUCGCAGUACGCCUACGCGACGAGCGGAUCUGCAGCGCGUCGACGAGGCGGACCCGCGUCCAACUCGCGCCAACAUCCCUCGGGUAUCGAAGCGCUCGCGAGCCUCCAACCUCGUCGCAAGAUUCGGCGACGCUGGCAUUCGGGCAUUUCGAGCGCCAGCAGCUGCGACGACCUCUCGAUGUCGGAGGACGAUUUCGACGACGACUCGAUGGACGAGGGCGAGGCGUCGAUGAUGGUUGUCGAAGAGCCGCUGCCGGUGUUGGCGGGCUUGGAACGCAAUCUCGGACUUGAGGGAGACGGAACACCGCCUGAUGGGAUGUUGUUCGGCGAGGUCUUUGGUGUGGUCGGAGUUGCGGACCCGGCGUUGGCUGGUGCGCUGGCGGGCGGAGCGGCAGCCCAACUCGAUUCGACGACUGCAGGAGCUGCGAAGCCGCUCAAACCAAAGGUCAAGUGGAUCAAGGGCCCGCAGCGGAAGAAGUGGGAGAUGGCGCGCGCGGCAGAGGCGGCGGCUGCGAUGGGCUCGACGGCGGCUGUCAAGGAGGAGCCGAAGGACGACAAGGUCACCGACGAGGGCGCACCGAGACAACCAACAUCGCCUGCUACCCUAAAGCGCGAAGCGCUCUCCGUCUCGCCGAGUGACCCGAUCAAGCCUUUUGGCUCGCCUUCCGAACCGCUCAAGCGCAGCUCGACGGUCCCCAUCACCGCGAGCGACGAAGACUCGCCGCCGUCGUACGACUCGCACGACUUUGUCUCCCGCCAGGCGGCAGCCUCGACCUCGACUUCCGCACCUCCCUCUACGUCCGCCCAGCCUGUCCAGCCUGCCGCACAGCCUUCACCGUCUCGCGCAGCGCUCGCUUCUCGCUCACCGGACGACGCCCGCCUCGCCUUUGCGCUCCUCGACGCCGUUCGUGCAGCAGUAGGUCCGCGCGCCGGUGAAACCGCCAGCACGACCAAUGCCGAGGCAGAUCACGCAGCAACCGCGAGCAACUUUGGCGCCGCACUCGAAGCGGCUCUCGGCUCGAACGGCACGGCUUCGGCGCUGUCGUCGCCUAGCAAGGCGCCCUUCGAUGCGCGCGGUCCGACUUCAUCAGGCGGGUCGCUCGGCUCGGCGAUGGAUGUCGACGAUUAUGAGGCGCGUGAGCGUGAAGCUGAGCGGAGGAGGCAGCAGCAAGCUGCGCAGUCGGUGGUCGAUCCUGGCAAGGCGUUCAAGCCGACCGCCAAGGACGACACUCAGCUCUUCGUCGGCAGCCCAGUUUGCGACGUCGAUGACGAGGCGGAGGACGUCGCGGCCGGGCGUCAAGCGGGCUAUGCUGGAGGAGCCGGCAUCGGGUUCGACUUUGACAUGCUCGUUGCGGUCGACCAGGACCUCGACGCGCCCACGCCCGUUGACGAUCUCUGGACGCCUGCAUCAGCCGCCGACUCGCUCUCGACGACUCCUUCGACCGCCGCGUCGUCCGCCAUGCCGACCUCGGCGCCGUUCGAUGAGCCUGCUUGCUCUGUUGCGCCCUCCGCCUCGCUCGCCGCCGAGUAUCCCUUCUUCGCCGCCGCCGUCGUCUCCGGCAUCACCCCCCUCCCCGGCACCCCGAUGCGCGACCUCAGCGGACUGUCGGGCCUCGAGCUCGAGGUCGGCGUGUCGGCCAACCUCGACAAGGCGAUGUGGGCCGACGACCUCGCCGCCGGAACCGACUCGCAGCAAGCCGUCGCCGCAUACUUGACAUCUCGUCGCACAGUCACACACGCCAUGGCGUCGUGA